AUGGGGAGCAUCCCAAGGAUUAGAUUGAAGAAUAGCAAAAUGGUUGCUCUGUGGUCUCUGGAUAUAAUUGUAGAUAAGUGUGCUAUCUGCAGGAACCACAUCAUAGAUACGUGCAUAGAGUGCCAGUCAGAAGAGAAGUCGAUGGAGUGCAAGCCUGCCUGGGGACAGUGCAACCAUGCAUUCCACGCACACUGCAUAUCUCAGUGGCUCAAGUCCAAGAACAUCUGUCCACUGGACUCGAAGCCCUGGAAGUUCCACCAUUCAGCUGAUAAAUAA